GUGCGGCUGGUGCUGAAGCUGGAGAUGCUGCUCACACCGGAGACCCCGGGAGUCCGAGAGCUGAUCCGCCGCCGGGAGCAUGGACGUGUGAUCCGGGAGAGCGGGGAGGAUGUGGCUGCAGCUCAUGUGUGCGACCUGCUGGGGGCUGCUGAGCUCAGGCUUGGCUCUGCAGAUCCAGUGUUACCAGUGCGAGGAGUUCCAGAAGGAUGACUGCUCGUCCCCAGAGUUCAUAGUCAACUGCACCGUCAAUGUCCAGGACACGUGUCAGAAAGAGGUGAUGGAGAAAAGUGACGGGAUAUUGUAUCGUAAGUCAUGUGCUUCGUCAGCCGCCUGUCUUAUCGCCUCUGCUGGAUACCAGUCUUUCUGUACCCCGGGCAAAGUCAAUUCAGUUUGCAUCAGCUGCUGUGACACCUCUCUGUGCAAUGGUCCCCGGGCCAAGAAGAACAGGAAUUCGGCUGCAGCUCAGAGUUGCGGAGCCUUGAUGUCGCUCCUGUCGCUGCUCCUGUUGGCAGAACAGCUGUAGCCAGUUUGUAACUCAGGACUGGUCCCUGCUGGAUCCUCCUUGUCAGGGACAUUAAUUCUGGUGGAUUUGUUUCCAAAGCAAAUUCAACAGGUCACCAAAAAUCUAUUUUCUUAUACGUUCUGAUUGGGGUUUGUUCUUUCAGAUUGCACUUAAAUAAAGGCCGAGGAACAAGUGGA